GAGCUAUGAAAGAAAGGCUUCAUUUAGGAAGCCCAAAACUCUUCUAAUUCUGGCGGGAAAAUCGUACAACCGCAGCGCACUAUACCAAAAGUCCCAACCUUUACCACGCUCCGUCUGGUUCACUGCUAACAUGGCGGCGCCACCGUCGAUCACCGAUCUUUUCGCCGGAUUGGCUUUGCAUCUUCAAUCGCCUCUUGAUCAAGAAGAAGAUAAGGUUCUUAAUAUCUCAAUUUCAAACCUAAACCAAUCGCUAAACCCAAACCGUAAUUCUGAGUUUAGGGUUUUGGACACCGCCCUUUCGCUCAUGUGCUUCAAAGCCCCCCAGGUUUUUGAAAGGAAUCUUGAGUAUCUGGUGAAGACUAUAGUCAGUGUGUUGUCUUCUUCGAUUAACUGUAAGGUUUGGCGAGUUCAAAAUGAAGAGUCUUUGCAGAUAGGUAGCUCCAUUUCACGCCGCAAUUGCUUGGAAUUGCUGGAAAUGUGUGAGGAUCUUUAUGCAAAGUUAGAGGAGCGUGGGGUGCUUCCUAAUGUACUAUUACAUGCUGUUGUAAGAUUGGCGGUGUCAGCAUCUCAAUACCAAUAUGUAUAUCCUGUUACCUCUAUCAUUGACAUUAAAUCAAGUGAAGAAAGCCCUGCUGUUUCAAAUCUGUACAGUCACUUACCUAGGGCUUUAUCCCUUGAAAAUCAAGAAAUGCCACUGAGGAUGCUAUUUUGGUAUCUUGACCCUCUAACUUUAAGGCAAGCUGUUUUGCAAAUUCUAAAAGAUGCCAUUAACAGGCCUUUCCUUUGUUUGAGUGAAGAAUUUUACCAGAGGAUGGAUUGGCGUGCUUUCAUUGUAUGCUUGGCACUUUCUCCUGUUAUGUUUAUUGAGAGCAGAGCUCUAUUGCAUAAUUGGUUUCUUAUGACGUUAGUAUCCUUUUUCUUUUUCUAAUUUCUUUAUGAAUUAAUUUCAUUUUUCUUGUUCUUGUGGAUUUUUUAAUUGCUUUUCUUAUGUGAAUUUUUUGUAUAUAUUUUCUGUUACUAUCUUGUUAUAGGUCCAAAAAUAUUCAAAGAAAAAAAUGCCCAGAUCCCAAAAUCUUGAUUUUAGUCCAGUACAUACUACUAUCUCUCUGAAAAUGGACUGUCUACAAUUUUAGAUGUUCUUUGAUAUCUCAUGUGUUGGCUGGCAUGAUGUUGAUUUUCAUUUUAUAACUUCAUAAUCGCUGGCUGACAAUUAAGUCUUAGGUUAAUUUUCCGACUUGUAUUAUGCACUGUGCUUUUUUGGUAUGCUUGUCAUGGUUAAUGAACCAACAUGAUCAGUCUUUUCUUUGCAUGGUCAUUUUUUGUUAUUAUAUGUGUCAAAAGUUUGAUGGUUUAUAGUGGGAACCUGCAUAGAUUGUUUGUUCUAAUAGAAUGAAAACUAGCAU